AUGCAGCCCGGCCACGUCUUCCGCCCGCUGUUCGUAGGCGGCGGGGAGGCGGGGCCCGCGGACAAUCGCCAGCCCGGCGCGAGCGUGCCGGACGCGUCCGGGUUCCCCGGCGGGGGCGGCUCGGCGCCGCCGGGCCCCGGGGCUUCGGGCCUGGCCGCCGCGCCCAGCGUGAUGUACCCUGAGGUGGCGGUGUUCAGCCAGUUCGACCAGAUCCUGCCCCACAUGGCGCUGCUGCAGCCGCUGCAGGCGCUGCAGGCGCCACCGGGGCCGGGUGGCGGCGGCGGCGAUGAGGGAGCGCCCGUGGGGAGGGCGGGAGCGGCGCGGCCGGCGGACGGCCGGGGCACUUCGGACUACGCGUCCAGGCACCAGGCGGCGGAGCAGCGGCGCCGCACGCGGAUCAAUGAAAGACUGGACCGCCUGCGGAAGGUGGUGCCUCACGCGGAGCGCGCCAACACGGCGGCCUUCCUGGAGCAGGUGCUGACCUACAUCGAGGCGCUCAAGAAGCAGGUGGUGGACCUGGAGGGCCGGCUGGACAGGCUGGGCGGACGCAAGGGGGGGGAUGACAAGGAUGAUGCCGCACAACAGUCAGGGGAGAGCGAGCUGGGCGCACGGCGCGGCUCCGGAUCGGUGCCCGAGCCAUUGGCGCCGGACAUCACGGAGGGCGAGGGGGCGGUGGGAGGUGGCGGGGGGCUGGCGGGCGGCGCGGCGUGCACGGAC